ACUGAACAGGGACAGGAACUUAAGAUUCUUCUAUCGGACAUGCAGUUUAUAAAAACGGAACUUGAACUACUAAAAAAAGAAAUAAAUGUUGUGGUAUCGGAUAAUCAAUGUAGAGCAGAGACCGAAAAACAGAAAAAAGACAUAAUUAAUAGGGAAACAGAAAUUCGAUCACUGAAAGGAGACAUACAAACUCUGAGAACGGAGUUCGACCUACAAAAAAAAGAUUUAAUUAAUAAGGAAGCGAAUAUUUUGACUUUACAAGCAGAGUUGGAGAACGAAAAGAAAAGUGUACUUGACAAGGAAUCUAAUAUCCAAUUGCUUAAAAAUGAAAUUCAACUUCUUAGAGCGGAGCAGGAGCGUCAGAGAAUUUUACAUGGCCCGCACAAUUGUACCGAUGCUAAGUCCAGUGGGAUUAAUGAAAUACUCCUCCCCAAAUUUAGUAGUCAACCUUUUAAAGUUGCCUGCGAUGCGGAAACCCAAGGAGGAGGUUGGACCAUUAUCCUGAGAAGGAUGGAUGGUAGUGUAAAUUUUUAUAGAAACUGGAGGGAAUAUAAAAAUGGAUUUGGUAAUCUAAAUGGCGAGUUCUUUAUGGGUUUAGAUAAGAUGCAUGAAAUAACGGCAGAAAGAAAACAAGAGUUACUUUUUCUUCUCGAGGACUUUGAGGGCGACAAGAGAUUUGAGAAGUACCAUGAAUUCGCAAUUGGAAACGAGUCUCAACAAUAUGAAUUACACACUUUGGGAGAUGCCAGUGGAACUGCAGGUGAUUCACUCAAAUAUCAUCAUGGCAGCAAAUUUUCUACAUUCGAUCGGGAUAAUGAUGGUCAAUCGGAUAACUGCGCCGAACUAGACACUGGCGCCUGGUGGUACCGUUCCUGGAAUUAUUGUCAAUUCUGCCAAUUGACGGGAACAUAUGGAAACAUCGAAUAUUACAAAGGCGUCAAUUGGGCCAGCUUUCGGGGAUCUUAUUACUCCAUGAAGAAAGCCGUUAUGAUGAUUCGGCCCAAAAAGUGAAUUUCUAAGUCUUAAAAGCAGUUUCUUUAUUAUAUGCAUAUUUUUCUAAAGAAUUUAAAUAAAAACCAUUGUCAUUUUCUG